UUCAUUCAGGAUGCUGGUAAAUGUUAAACUCAUUUUUUUCUUUCUUUGUAAGAAAUUCACAUAGUAUCUUUGCAGCUUACUGAUUUGCCUACAGUAGGAUCUGGUUAACAGCAAGCCGUGAGUCUGUUUUGUGUAUUGUACUUUACUGGCAGGUGCAGUCAGUACCAUCUGUGAAUUUGGGUCUACGCUACGGUAUGACAGAAGAAAAUAUAGAGAAUAUAUUGGAAAUGGUCGACAACACUUUGAGCCUCAGUGCUGAUGACUUCCUUGAAAACACAUCAUUGAAUGACUUCCUUGAAAACACAACAUUCGGUGACAAUUUUGACAAUGACUACGUAUGCGAUGGUACCAUCAAUGAAAACCAAAACGAACUUCAGCAAUUCCAGCGCAUUUUCAUCCCAUUGCUUUAUAGCCUUGUAUUUGUAAUUGGCAUUAUUGGAAAUGGUCUUGUCCUCUAUAUUCUAAUGAGGCACCGUCGCUUACGCUCAAGUACGGAUAAUUUCCUUGUGCACCUGGCUAUUGCAGAUUUACUGAUGCUUUUUACAUUUCCCUUUGGUGUGACUGACGUUUUAGUUGGAUGGGUAUUUGGAGAUUGCCUUUGCAAGAUUGUGAGAGUUAUCAGCCGUGUGAAUUUCUACUGCAGCAGCCUCCUCUUGGGAUGUAUCAGCAUUGACCGUUAUAUGUCUAUAAUCCAUGCUGUCAAUGCUUUCAGAAAGCAACAUGUCAUGACUGCACAUAUCCCUUGUUUUUGUGUUUGGCUCUUCUGCUUUCUUCUAUCAUUGCCAAACCUAUUCAUACUGGGAACCUUUCCAGAUGGGAAUGUUACCAGGUGUGCAUACUACGAUGGCUCUUUUGAAGAAAAUCGUUUUUGGCAGGCUGAGAGAUUCCUCAACCAUGUGGUAGGAUUUUUAUUGCCGCUGAUCCUCAUGACUUUUUGUUAUUCUCACAUUAUAGUCACCUUGUGCAAAUCACCAAGACGGGAAAAAAAAAGGGCAGUCAGGGUGGCCAUAGUGAUAACCAGUGUCUUCUUUUUGUGCUGGACACCAUACAAUGUCGUCAUUAUUGUUGACACUUUGGAUCGGCUACAACUAAUCAAAAGUUGUGUAAAUUUCAGACAACUUCACUUAGCAAUGAUAAUUACAGAGUUGUUAGGGUAUAUUCACAGUUGCCUGAAUCCCUUGCUGUAUGCCUUUGUGGGGGUAAAAUUCCGAAAUGAUGCCGUGCGUGUUUUAAUGCAUAUCACAUGCUUCAAAUCAAAGAUGAUUAGUAAGCUAAACACACUUCAAAGGAAAGGAAGUACUGUAGAAUCUGAAAGUGGUACAGUCAUGUCCAGUUUUUAAAAUGUCAAAACCCCUCUCAAAUGUACAACAGUAUGAAUUAUAAAAAAUAGUAAGGUCCAUCUGAAGGCCACCAUUUAAAUCAGGAGAAAAGAAGAAAAGGUAUAGGAUCAAUUGAGAAGGUAAAAAUAUUAUUUCAAAAUUAACUUUCCACACACUUAAUUGUUCUAGCUUAAGGAACAAAUAUCAACAAAAUACAGGA